AUGGCAACCGCCGCUGUCGAGAGUAAUUGGCCGAAAGAUGACGCGCUUGCGCACUCCAAUCAACGAGAAGGUGGUGCCGGUGCCGGCGCCGGUGGCGGAGAAGGGCUGAGGCAGUACUACCAACAGCGGAUCAAUGAUCUUCAGCUACAAGUCCGCCAGAGAAGCCACGACCUUCAGCGUCUUGAAGCCCAACGCAACCAACUCAACUCCGGAGUGAGAAUGCUCAAGGAAGAGCUGCAGCUUCUACAGGAGCCUGGGUCUUAUGUUGGUGAAGUUGUCAAAGUUAUGGGGAAAUCAAAGGUCUUAGUCAAGGUCCAUCCUGAAGGUAAGUAUGUGGUUGACAUCGACAAGAAUAUUGACAUUACGAAGAUCACACCAUCAACUCGAGUUGCCUUAAAAAAUGAUAGCUAUAUGCUUCAUUUGAUACUGCCCAGCAAAGUUGAUCCACUUGUGAACCUGAUGAAAGUAGAAAAAGUUCCAGACUCGACUUAUGACAUGAUUGGUGGUCUAGAUCAACAAAUUAAGGAGAUAAAAGAGGUCAUUGAAUUGCCAAUCAAACAUCCAGAGUUAUUUGAAAGUCUUGGAAUAGCACAACCAAAGGGAGUCUUGCUUUAUGGCCCACCUGGAACAGGGAAAACAUUGCUUGCAAGAGCUGUGGCACAUCAUACUGAUUGCACCUUCAUCAGAGUUUCUGGAUCUGAGUUGGUUCAGAAAUAUAUUGGAGAAGGCUCUAGGAUGGUUAGAGAACUAUUUGUUAUGGCCAGGGAACAUGCACCAUCAAUCAUCUUCAUGGAUGAAAUUGAUAGCAUAGGGUCUGCUCGCAUGGAAUCUGGAAGUGGUAACGGGGAUAGUGAAGUUCAACGGACUAUGCUCGAGCUUCUCAAUCAACUUGAUGGAUUUGAAGCUUCCAAGAAAAUUAAAGUUUUGAUGGCAACAAAUAGGAUUGACAUUCUGGACCCAGCACUUCUUAGGCCUGGAAGGAUUGAUCGGAAAAUUGAGUUUCCUAACCCCAAUGAAGAGUCUCGACUAGACAUCUUGAAGAUACACUCGAGGAAGAUGAAUUUGAUGCGUGCCAUAGAUUUAAGGAAGAUAGCUGCAAAAAUGAAUGGCGCCUCUGGUGCAGAACUGAAGGCUGUUUGCACGGAAGCAGGAAUGUUUGCGCUGCGUGAGAGGAGGGUUCAUGUCACACAAGAGGACUUUGAGAUGGCCGUCGGCAAAGUAAUGAAGAAGGAUACAGAUAAGAAUAUGUCGCUGAGGAAAUUGUGGAAGUAG